AUGGAAAUAAGCCAUGACCAACAACAAGCACUGGAGGAAGGAGUCACGGAGGAUGUGAACGCAACACCCAUGCAUGCACCAAAUAAUGAAGUAACAACCACAGAAUCCCAUGUUGUGUCCACACUAGCUACGCCUACAGAUGCUGCAUCUCAAGAAGAAGAAAAGAAAGACACAUUCGAAAAAGACUGCUUUCUUCCGAUGCCCACACCUGGACCAGAGCGAUUCACAAAUUGGUUGGCACAGGGCGACGACACUUGGGAAGUCGACGCCUCAGGUGACAGGGAUGAUGAUAACAACAACAAUAAUGCCAUUGUGGACUCAUUUAUGGGGGUGGAUCAGAAAUUGCGGGGACAAGUGAGUCGACUGCGCCGUCAUCAUCAGACUGUUCUUGAAGGCAACAACACUACAUGCAAUACCAACAAGUAUGCCUCUCGGAGCUACAAGAGCCACGAGUCUCCGGUGUGGCAUCACUUUACACUUAAAACGCGGGCCAAACCGAGUCGGUUACGACGAUUUUUGGCGUGUGGCAAGGGCGCCUACAUCUCGGCAGUGCGGGAUGCGAGGCUCAUGAUGAGAGUCAUGAUUGCUGCCAUUGGCAUUCUCAUGUCGGUGGUGGGCUUUGGUAUCCUUCGAUCCUCCGAAAAGUUACUGGAAUGGAAACUCGACCAAUCCACCGAAUUGCUGGAGGAAAACAACAAUAAGUAUUCAUCCUUUGGGUUCUUUAUUGGCAUGAAUAUCUUGUUUGGCUUCCUGGCAGCGCUACCGGUUUUGUUUCGACCUUUGAGUGCUGGCAGUGGCAUUGCCGAAGCCAAGGCAGUUUUGAAUGGAAUUAUCUUACCUGGAUGCACGGACUUGUCCACAGCAGCGUGCAAAGGUUUCAGUGUCAUCUUUGCACAAGCCGCAUCCCUUCCCAUAGGAAUGGAAGGACCAUUGAUUUUUAUUGGGCUCGCACUUGGAGACAAUGCCGACAAAUACCUGCCCAUCCAAAGCCACCGGUUUGCGCCAGCCUCCGAAGUUUGCAAGGUGGAACGAUAUCGAAAGGACUUGCAGGCGAUUGGAACGGCAUGCGGUGUCACCAGUGCCUUUGGAACUCCUAUUGGUGCCGUCCUGUUUGCACUGGAAGAGGCAUGUUCCUAUUGGAGCCUCGAUCUGACAUGGCACACAUUCACUGCCGCCUGUGUGACAGCCACGUUUUCCUACAUGUGGAACAUAAUUGCCAAUAGAGCCAUUGGAGAUUUCAUGGCGGACUAUGUGACUUCCAAAUUCCAAGGUCUUCCCAUGGAGAAUGGAAUGUCCUCGGCUUCCAGCAUUUGGAUCAGUUUUCGUUUGCUCGAUUACUUUAUCUUUGCGGGCAUGGGAAUUGCCGGUGGAGCUGUGGGUGCAGUGUGGUGUGAACUGAAUCGAGCCCUGGCCAUUCAACGUACCAAGUGGAAACUUGGCAGAGUUGCCAAGUGCAUCGAGGUUCUCUCCCUGGUAGCGAUUGCAUCUUGUAUCUUUUGGUGGUUGCCACAAAUUUACAAAGUUUGCAGCCCUUUCGAAACUGAGAAUAAAUCGAACAUUGCUGCCAAACCAGAGUAUUACCAUCAAGCCCUGUGUCCAGACGGCCAAUACAAUGAGCUGGCCACACUUUUUUGGAACCCAGUCGGAGGAACCGGGAUUAACCUGCUGUUUUGGGAGCCAUCGACUGCCUUUUCGGCAUCCUCGUGUCUCAUUGCUGGGUCUGUGUUCCUCGUCCUUUUACUGCUCUUUUUUGGCAGCUCCAUUGGGAUGGGCAUUUUUAUCCCUCUUUUGUACGUUGGUGGCUGCUAUGGACGUGCUUUUGCCCUGGCAAUCGAUGGGGCCCCGGUGAACA